AUGAGGUUAUUAGAGAAUGAAAUUCCAAACAUUUUACCAGCACUAUAUAAUAAUGAACUAGAUCAAAAUAGUGACAUAACCAAUUUACAUUUUCUUGGACAGAUGAAGCAGCAAGAAUUAGAUAUGAUGAAACAAUGUGAAUUAUAA